UUCUCAGCAGCUGAUGCAAUGCAAUCCGACUCUUCAUAAAUAUCAAGCACAGGCAGCGACUGGAAUCCGGUGGUGUUGGUUUUGGUGUGAAGUCCGAUGUAACUUGGUCUCGGUUUGCACUUUAUCUGUCGCGGUAAUGGUUUAUUCGCAGGCUUUGGGCAUCACCUACGGAAUGGGUUCACUUUCGGAUGAAGACAGUUUAGCAGAACUCAUGAAAAGGCUCGUUCACAGGUUUACGGCUGCUCGUAAGAAUAGCGAGAGCCCCUUUGAAAGAGCCUGUGAGACGGAGUCAACGGACCGUUCCGAUGAGGAGUGGUUCACCUGCUCUACAGAGAGGGGCUGUAUGUACCUAGAGGAGCUCAUGGAGGAGACCGCAUGGCUGGAGUUGGCUAAACAGAUUGAACUGUGCCUGUCUGCUGCUAAGAAGUGUCGGCUGCAGUGCCAGGAGCUGCUCAUUCCAACACAUCUGAGCCGCAGGAUCGCACGGGACAUCGUGGGCAUGGCUGCCAGCGAGCCCUGCGGACUGCGCGGGGCUGUCAUUCAUCUCAGUCUGGACAUUGACAGUGUCUGCACACCACUGGGGAAGAUUGCACAGGACAGCAGCGCACCCCCAACCUUUGAACUCACACUGGUUCUCAAAGCAGACAAGAGCAAGUGCUUCAGUUUCAGGCAUUUCUUUAACGUGGGCUCUUAUCUUCCUCCAGGGGCCAACAAAGUCCUAAAACUUAGUGCAGGUUUCCGACUGGUGAAAAGAAAACUGUACUCCUCCGAUGUUCCAGUGAUACAGGACUUCAGAACUGCCUGAGUCAUUUCCACAGCAGAGAUGUGUUUUAAUGUGUACUCCAGAUCUGUUCUGCAAAGCACUUUGUUACGUUUAGAGUUGUAUUUUGAUACAGCCAUUACUGUUGUACUCAAAAUGAAGAGUUCAAUUAUGAGGUGCAGGCUGUGAGAUUCAGUAUUCAUGUGAACUUGCUGCUUGGUUACUAUGAAUGAAAUGAAAGAUGAUGUGAAUGUGGAAAUAGGAAAAUGGAGGAGAGGCAGAUAUUGAAGGAUGUGAGAAAAAUAAGGAUGUUCAAAUAUUUCAAAUAUGAAAACUCUACAUAUUUUGAACAUUUGUUGGCUAAAACACUAAGAAGUGGCACCAGAAAUGUUCAGUUGCUUAAAUACAAUCACAUAGUAUAAUGUAUAGAAUGUAAAAAAUACAUAUAGAAAAUAUUGUCAAACAAAUAUGCAUAUAGAAACUAAUGCAAUCAUUUUGGUGCCACUGUCCCAUUUCUUCUUCUUUUUUACUAAAAUGCUCUGAGUGGCCGUUCUCCUUGGGUCUGUGUGCAUGCAAGAUGCUGUUCUCAAACCCACAGAGUGAGCUGUUCACGUGUUCAGUGUAUGCACUUGUGGCCUUUUCGUUCAAAUGCAAUGCCACUUCAAAGCUCUUAUUUAUUUAUUGCAUUGUUCCAUUAUUUGAAACAUUUUUAUAUAAGUUUUAUAUAAUGUGUGUUCUGUGUGUGACUGAACCAUACACUGUGUAAUGUGCUUCUUAAGAAGCCGGAAAGUGUUUUGUUUUGGGAGGCUUGCAUUAGGAUCCUAGCUCUUAAUGAAUUGUGUUAAUAGUCUCCUUGAUAUACUGCUGACAUGCACUUUCCAUUAGGAUUGUGUGUGUGGGGGGUACAUUGCCAUGGCAUUGCAGGAAACCUGACUGACAGUUUGAUUUAGCUCAGUAGGAUGCCACUGUGUGUGAAAAAGGAGAACCUUCUCAAAGGGCAGAGAACUGUGUGUGGUUUCUAAUAGGUUUCAAAUACUGUGUGAAACCUUAUCAGUCUUUAGUGAAUUUGUCUUGUGAUGUUUGUAUGUUUGUCAAGAGUGCAGUUCCCAUCCCCAAAUCAAAGGGCUGCUACCAAACUCUUCAUAGGAGUCUCUAGUGUCUACAGCAUCUAGUAAUGCCUCCGCAGCUCUGCCAUGGUCCAUGUUUUCUAGCUUCCUGUAAGCUUUCUUUGAUCUAAUAAGCAUGCAGGACAUGCUCAGUGGAAACUCGUAUUUUUCUAAUGUUUUUACAGUGCUGUACCAAAUUUGAAAAAUAAUUUAAAAAAAUAAUAAAAAAAACACUUACUGAU